AGAGGUCGCUGCGAACGCCACCUUGAUUCUAGAUCGCGUUCCAACGCUGACGAGUUUGGAUAAAAGUUUACUACGAAUCGCUCUGAUAGAAAUAUAAUUGAUUUUUAUCAACAAAUUUUUUGAAGAAGUAAAUUUAUUUUAAAAAUCAAGAUUGAGAGCGACGGAAACCAGAACAAAAAAAAAACAAUAUUCAUCUGUAAAGUUCUCUUGAAGGGGAGAAAGCAAAAUGGAAUUGUUUCCGACUUUCUUACUGCUUCUUUUGUUUUAUUCCAUCGUUGCUUCCCUUAAAACUGAUGCACAAUAUGACGAGGAUAUUAGGAAAAGGAUGGAUUUACAGCCAUUAUACGAACACAAUCUAAUAGGCAAUUCAAAGAAGUGGACAUUUAGAAGCAAAGAGAAAUCGGAUUACUUAAGAAUAUUAUAUGAAGAAUCGGGUUGGGUGUUGGUGGGUGGAAGGGAAACGCUAUAUAACAUAAGCGUACGGGAUUUCAGUUAUACAAAGGUGCUGAAGGGCUGGCAGGAGGAAAAGGAGAAUAAAAAUGUGUGCAACGCAUUAGAUAAAAAGAAAUACUGUUCGAAUUACGUCAGUCUUGCUGUUCGACUAUCAGAUGAUAGGUUACUCGUUUGUGGCACUAAUGCUGGUCUGACAUCUCCUACCUGCAGAAUAUUACGACACUCGAACAGUAAAAAAGUAUUACGAGAAGAAAAUGGAAUGAAAUGGUAUGCAGUAGCUCCAUUUUAUCCGGAUGACAGUUUUUCAUAUGUUUACACCGGAAAUCAAAUCUUUACCGCUGCCAUGGUCUAUGUGGAUUGGACAAAUGCGGUAAUCGCUAAAGCGAUAGUUCCCAAGUCAGAUGACAAAGAGAUACAAGGUUUAUACACAGAAACGACAUUUGCCGAUGCAGCCACAGUUCACUCUUUCAUCGACUACGAAAAUGCGUAUUUUUUAUAUAGAAAAGGCAAAAAUUCUCAAACCUCUAGAAUAGCAAGAAUAUGCAUUAACGAUAGAGGAAGCUAUAAAAACAAGGACGGUGGGUUACCGCUCUGGACGUCAUUUGUGUCUAUUCCUAUUAGAUGCUGUAUUCAACGAGCGACCUAUACAUUUUGCUUUGACAAGAUUUUGGGUGCAAGCGGAUUACAAAUUGGAAGGCUUCAUCCUUCCCUUGAUUCCUCGAAAAAACUAUUAUACGGAUUAUUUGAGAGUGAAUCAUCCGUAUAUGGCGGAACUGCCGUAUGCGUUUUUGACAAAUUAAGCAUUGACAAAGGAUAUGACACGGUUGACGCUCCCAAAGUCAUGUGUCCAAAUAAUUCUCAAGAGUUGACAGAUAGAGAACUGACAAAGCGGGUUAAUUAUCGAGAAAAAAUUAAGAAAAAAGUUGAUCACUUAACACAGAGCGUUCCUUUGCUUCUUCAACGGGAUGGGUCACGUUUCACUGCCAUAGAUGUUGAUUGGGGAGCAAAAAGUGUUUGGGAGGGACAAGUUGACGUACUUUAUCUUGGCACAGCUGAUGGCUUUCUGGUAAAGGCGAUCAACAGUCAUUCGACAGAUAUACGCCCGAUUAUCGUCGAACGUAUAGCAGUGCUUAAUGAGCGAAUCAUCAGUGUAAAAGUUCUUAAAAACGAAAAGGUCAUAUUGGUCCUUGGGAAGAGUGUUGUGAAAAAAAUUUCCUUCUCCAGAUGUUCCCAAUAUUUAUCGUGCGGUCGGUGUGUAAAGGCUAGAGAUCCGUAUUGCUCAUGGACCGGAGACGAAUGUGCAAACUCGAUGACUGGUAAACAAAACUUGCGAUUAGGAAAAGUAGAAGAUUGUAACGAUGAUUCGAUUAAGACUGCAUCCUCUGUAAAGAAUAUUACGAAUACCAAUGAAACUAAUCUAAAUACUGAUUCAACGAACGGGAACGAAAAAGAAUUGAAAUUUAGAGAAACGAGCACACGAAUUGAAAGUGAAUAUAGUGGCAACGAAAUGGCCAUUGCUAUCGUUCUAUCGAUUAUCUUAUCAUCUAUCGUAUCAUGCAUAGCUGGUUAUAUAAUUGCAAACUGUCGACUGAAGCAUAGGACCAAGUCGACUCUUCGAAACUCCCCGUCCGAGAAGGAGGUUAUCGUUAAUCAAUAUGAAGACAUUCCACGCACGCAAAGUACGACCCUCUCGAACGGUGAUAAGAGUAACUUGGCAAAGCAUAAUGCUAAUAAUAGCAAUUUAACGACGCCUAGCGGAACGCUUAGUAGGCCUACUCUGCCGUUUCGUGGUACCUCUCCUCCUGCAGUUAAUCCGACGAAUUACAUGAUACACAGGCCACCUAAGGAUACGAAUUCAGUGAAACAAGUCUACUUGUGAUAAUGAAAAAAAAGAAAAGAUUUUACUCUUUUUUACAGUUUAAGCCAUAAUACUGUCACAUCACGCUAAUGAGCGUCUACUUAUUUUUAUUGUUUUUUUCGGGUGACGCUUUAAAGGUUUUAAAAGUUCAAACAUAAAACGAAGUGUGUAACAAUUGAUUUCGAUCUCAUGUGGGUGUUUGUUUAUUCAUUUGUAUACGCUUAAUAUGUUUCUAAUUUUAUAAGUGAGGAAGGAAAUGCUCAAAUUUUAUAUUAAAAAGAAAAUGUUCCGGUUCCUUUACUUCUUAUAUAAAGAGUUAAACCAAAUGACUGACGUAUUGACGGAAAGGUAUUAAUGUGUUCAGUUUGUUUAUUAGAUAAAGAAAAUUGUAUAUAUGAGACAAUACAAAUGAUAUUGAUA